AGGGAAGAGCAGGUGGAAUGAAGGGAGAAAGCAGGGCGGAGGUGGUGUCGUCUGCCCGGCCAGUGGGUCGACAGCAGCGGCUAGAGGCAGUCAUGGAGAUUGAAAAGGUGGACAUCUAUAAUGCAAAGAGUGGCAAGUUCGUCACUUCAGUAUGUGGGCUGAAAUCAUCAAGCACCAUUUUAGAUGUUAAGAAAUGUGUUCAGCAGCAAAAGAAUGUUCUACACCCGGGGAGACAAGAAGUCAGGCUGGAGCAGAAGGGCAAAGGUUUGAAAGAUACUGAUGUCCUUGAAAAACUUGGUAUCAAGUCAGAUGACAGAUUGUAUGUGAAAGAUUUAGGCCCACAAAUUGGCUAUAAAACAGUCUUUAUUGCCGAGUAUGCUGGUCCAUUGUUGCUCUACCUGUGGAUUUAUCAGCGGCCAUGGCUUUUUUAUGGCGAUAAAGGAAGCUCAGCACUAGUUUCUUCAUGCACUCACAUUGCUGCUGGUUGCUGGACAUUUCAUUAUGCAAAGCGGCUUCUUGAAACCCAGUUUGUCCACCGGUUUUCUCAUGGUACAAUGCCUUUGUUCAACUUGUUCAAGAAUUGUGCAUAUUACUGGGGUUUCACUGCAUAUGUUGCAUACCAUGUCAACCAUCCCCUCUUUACAGCCCCAUGUGAUCUGCAGAUUUAUUUAGCUUUGGCUGUAUUUUUGGUGUGUGAAUUUGGAAACUUCAGCAUUCAUGUGGCCCUCCGUAAUCUACGACCCCCAGGAUCUAAAGAACGUAAGAUUCCAUACCCUGACAGUAACCCAAUGACACUGCUCUUCAAUGCCGUCUCCUGCCCUAAUUAUACAUAUGAAUUUGGAUCAUGGGUGGCAUUUACUGUCAUGACUCAAUGCUUACCAGCUGGAAUGUUUGCUCUUAUUGGAUUUUAUCAGAUGACCAUGUGGGCUCUGGGUAAGCAUCGCAGCUACAAAAAAGACUUCAAGAAUUACCCCCGAAGGAAAGCAAUCCUUCCAUUCCUUCUUUAAAUACUGCUGUGAAGUACAGUAUAUAUAUACUGGUGAGGAGGGGUUGGUGUUUUUGGGAUAUUACUGAAAUUUUAUCCAAAUACUGUACUGAUUUCCAUUUGACAUACACAGUGUACUGUAAUUCUAGUUCACAUAUCGAAUUUUGUUAUGUCUUCAUUCUUGUACAGCACUACAUACAUGGUAAGUUUCCUGUAUGAUCGUUGGCAGCUAUUGAUGCUGCCAACAUAUUUAGUAAUCAUUUUUUAUAGAAAUGUGCAUUCAGAGAACAUAACUUGUAUGAAAAGACACAUGAGGAUAAUCCCUAUUCAUAUUAGGCUGGGCCCCCUCUCCCCACUGUUCCUUGGCCACCUGGUGACCAUUAGGGUACUAUUUUAAUAUAUAGCCGCCCAAAAAAUGUAAAUCUCCCAAAAGUCAAUAUACAUAUUUAAACACCAAUAGCUAGUUAUGAUCACUGGUUGUAUUUAUAACAAUGUCUUGCAAAUGCAUGUACUGUUACUGUGGUUUGUGGUUACUUGGACCAUGUUAUCUAUUAGAAAAUUGACUGCAAUUUUUAGCUGCACAGCUGGAAAGAGCAAGGUUUUCUAAAGAUGUAAAAGAAAAUGUAGCUUUUCCAAAUUUACUUGUUUGGCCUGUGUGGGGGAGGUGGGGGCGAAGCUGAAAAUGGUGACACAGCCAAAGGGUUAGCAGUUAAAUGUGGGCAAUCCAGUGAAAUUAAGUUGUCAGGAAAUAUUUUAUUUUUGGCACACAAUUUACUAUAUAAAGCAGUUGUAAUGUGCUAAUUUACAUGAAAAAUAUAAAUUUAUAUAAUUUUGUGUAGUAUGAACACAUUGUAGGUUCUUUGAUAAGCUAAAGAAUUUUGUUUGGCUUUAAGCAUUGUGUAGAACUACAGUGUCUAAGGUAAUUGCGAUUUGAAAUUUUGUACAAUUACACUCAACAAUAUUUAGUCAGUAUUAAAAAUUUCAAUAUUUAAA